UUAGUUUGGUCGACAGUUCAGCGUACCAACAUGACGCCUUUCGUGUAUCUGGUCUUUGUGUUUGCAGUUUUCAAUUACGUUGUGGAGGCCAAUCCAAUAAAAGAUGGGUACAAGGAUUCAAUAACAAUAUCCAGCGACGUUCAAGGUUUCGAAUGGGAUUUUAUCAUAGAUUCGGACAAAAAGAAAGCGAUGAUUAUUGAAUUUGUUCCCAAAUUCCUUGAUAUAAUCAGGAACAUCAACACGUUGGGAACACCUUUUCAAACGGCUUUUCCAAACGACGAUCUUGAACACAUCCUAAAGUUGACGGAGUACUACUUGUUAGUCAUAGCGAAAGAAGAUAGCUCAGAAGAUGCUCAAAAGGUAAAACGAGCUAUACUGGCAAUUGGGGAAAAUAAACUAGUCAAAUCUGUAGUUACUUUCUUCUUCAAACAAAAUGUGUCUUUAGGCGGCAAAUGUGAAAACAAUGUGUUUCGAGAUUUCUUUUAUCCUGAAGCAAUUGCAUUAAAUGACAAGAGUAGGUAUAUGUUGUGGAUCGACCAAUACAGCUUGUUAAUGUGUCUCGUAAGUAUUGAAAAUGCUUUCCCAAAAACUAACUCGGACGAUUGGAUUUCCCGAACAAUAACGGAUGAUGGUGUAGACGUCACAAUCAAAGUAAAGAAAACAGACAUGAAAUUUGUGUGGGAUGCUGCUCACACAGUGACAGUAUCAUUGUCUCUUUCUCCAUCAAAAGAAGAACCGGAACAACAUGAACCAGAGGACCAGGAACAUAUUCAGGAAGAUCCGAAAAAUGUAAAAGAAGAUGAACACAUAGCACCAAUUGAAGAAGAAAUUUAUCAAGAACCGGAACAAUAUGAACCAGACAACCAGGAUCAUAUUCAGGAAGAUCUGAAAAGUCAAGAAGUACAAAACCCAGAACCAAAUAAACAUGAAAUUUAUCAAGAACCAGAUCAACAAGAACCAGAGGACCAGGAAGAUAUUCAGGUAGAUCCGAAAAAUCAAAAAGAAGUAGAAAGCCCACUACCAACUAAACAAGACAUUUAUCAAGAAUCGCAAAAACAUGAGCAAGUGGACCAGGAACGAAUUCAAGUAGACCCGGCAAGUCAAUUCGAAGUAGAAACCCCGGAACCAAAUAAACAAGAAAUUCAUGAAGAAUCGGAACAAUAUAAGCCAGAGGAACUGGAUCAUAUUCAGGAAGAUCCAAAAAGUCAAGAAGUGCAAAACUCAGAACCAGCUAAACAAGACAUUUUUCAAGAAUCGGAACAAUAUAAGCCAGAGGAGCAGGAACAGAUUCAAGCAGAUCCGAAAAGUCAAGAAGAAGUAGAUUAUCCGGAACCAAUUAAACAAGAAACUUAUCAAAAAGUGGAACAACAUGAGCCAGAGGACCAGGAACAUAUUCAGGAAGAUCCGCAAAAUCAAGAAGAAGUACAAAACCCAGAACCAAAUAAACAAGAAAUUUAUCAAGAAUCGGAACAACAUGAGCCAGAGGACCAGGAACAUAUUCAGGAAGAUCCGCAAAAUCAAGAAGAAGUACAAAACCCAGAACCAAAUAAACAAGAAAUUUAUCAAGAAUCGGAACAAUAUAAACCAGAGAACCAGGAACAUAUUCAGGAAGUUCCGCAAAAUAAAGAAGAAGUACAAAACCCAGAACCAAAUAAACAAGAAAUUUAUCAAGAAUCGGAACAAUAUAAGCCAGAGGACCAGGAACAUAUUCAGGAAGAUCCGGAAAAUAAAGAAGAAGUACAAAACCCAGAACCAAAUAAACAAGAAAUUUAUCAAGAAUCGGAACAAUAUAAACCAGAGAACCAGGAACAUAUUCAGGAAGUUCCGAAAAGUCAAGAAGAAGUACAAAACCCAGAACCAAUUAAUCAAGAAAUUUAUCAAGAAUCGGAACAACAUGAGCCAGAGGACCAGAAACAGAUUCGAGAGGAACCGAAAAUCGUAGAAGAACUGGCAAAUGCAGAACAAACUCCAAUAGUUCAUGAACCAAUUAUAGAAACCCCAGCACAUCAGGAAGAAGUAAAAAACGAAUUACAUCCACAUAAUCCAAUUCCAAGGGUAUCCAAUGAUUUAAAACCGGUGGCGACCAACCACAAACCAAAAAUGAAAAUUAUCACAACCACUACUACCAUAACCGCUGUAGACCCUGACUUAGGCACCGCCACGACAAAAACAACCACUACGACAGAAACAACCAUUACGCAACGUUAAAAUAUCAAAACACGCAAGAUGACGUAAUAUAAUUAAUCUUAAAAAUGCAUUUUACACAAUUACUUAACAUUUCUAAUGUCCUUACCCUUCUUUUUCAGUAGUACUAGCGUAGGUCGCGUAAAGUAAUAUUAAUUAUCUCAUCUUUGGUAAUAUAUUUGAAAAAUCUUUCACAAUGAAGUGGUUUGUUUUGAGGUCUCCAGAAAUAAAAUAGGUUUGCUUUCAUAGCAGUGAAAGCCAGUUGAGAGGAGUUAUCAGGUUUUAAAAUUUUUAAUAAAGCAUUAAAUAACGAUGUUUAUAAAUAAAAUAUAACAUUUUUCAUCAAUUUAACGUAAAUACGUUUGUCUAUGAAAACUGUCAACUUCUAUAACAAGUUUCAUGAGAAAAGACGUGGAUAUUACAUUCAUAUCCUUUGUAUCAGUAUUUUUCUUGUGUUUGCUUGCUGAUGUCAUCUGGUGAACCCAUAGUUCUGGUUGAACCUGGCCUUGAACCUAACGUUCUGGUGCAAGAGUCCCUUUCCUUGUAUUAGAAGAGCAGAUACAGCUAU